CUUUCCAAAACUCAUUAUCUACUAGGGCUUAUAGGGUAAUGCUUUCUCUUGCUCAUUUCGCCUAGAACCUAUCGCCCACAGUUUUUUCUCUAUCUCACUCGCCGUCGCAGGCUUCGCCGCCGGCAAGCUCUUACCUUUUUUUCAUCUUCCCUCUCCUCUGUUACCCUCCACACAAAAAAAAACCCAACAAAAAGAGUAAAACAAAAAACUAAAAAUCACAUAGCUUUUGUUUGGUUUUACCUUCUGUUUCAUACUUCUUUCGAUUCGAUUUGAUUUCAGUCUAAUAAACGAGAGGGAGAGGGAAGACUUAAAUCGAAAAUCCCCCCAAAAAAAGAUUAAAAAAGUCUCAAAAAAAAAACCCAAAAAAGACAAUGGAUCAGGUUCAGACAACGAACAACGUGGCGCCGGCAGCUCAGUUCGGAACGACGUCGCUUUACGUCGGUGAUCUGGAUCUCAACGUGACUGAUUCGCAGCUUUUCGACGCGUUUAGUCAAAUGGGUCAAGUGGUGUCUGUUCGAGUCUGCAGAGACUUAGCUACUCGCAGAUCGCUAGGCUAUGGUUACGUUAACUUCACUAAUCCACAAGAUGCUGCAAGAGCAAUUCAGGAACUUAAUUAUAUACCUCUUUAUGGGAAACCUAUUAGGGUUAUGUAUUCUCAUCGUGAUCCUAGUGUUCGUCGAAGUGGUGCUGGUAACAUUUUCAUCAAGAAUUUGGACCUGUCCAUCGACCACAAAGCACUACAUGAUACAUUCUCAACCUUUGGGAACAUUGUGUCGUGCAAAGUAGCCGUGGAUGCUUCAGGCCAGUCAAAAGGCUAUGGCUUCGUGCAAUACGCCGAUGAAGAAUCUGCUCAGAAAGCUAUUGAGAAACUCAACGGCAUGUUGCUAAACGACAAGCAAGUGUACGUUGGUCCGUUCUUAAGGAGACAAGAAAGAGACUCGACUGCAAACAUAACUAAAUUCACCAAUGUCUACGUGAAGAAUCUCGCGGAAAGUACCACCGAUGAUGACUUGAUGAACACUUUCGCUGAGUAUGGUAAGAUAACAAGUGCUGUGGUGAUGAAAGAUGGAGAAGGGAAGUCUAAAGGGUUUGGUUUUGUCAACUUUGAAAACGCUGAUGAUGCUGCUAAAGCUGUGGAGAGUCUCAAUGGGAAGACAUUUGAUGAUAAGGAGUGGUAUGUUGGUAGAGCACAGAAGAAGUCUGAGAGGGAGACAGAACUUAGGGUUCGUCGUGAACAGAGUUUGAAGGAAGCUGCAGAGAAGUUUCAGGGUUCGAACUUGUAUGUGAAGAAUUUGGAUUCUAGCGUUUCUGAUGAGAAGCUUAAAGAGAUAUUUUCUCCUUUUGGUACCGUUACAUCUUGCAAGGUGAUGCGGGAUCCUAGUGGAAUAAGCAAAGGUGCUGGUUUUGUUGCUUUCUCAACUCCUGAAGAAGCAACAGAAGCUAUGUCACAGUUGAGUGGGAAAAUGGUGGAAAGCAAGCCACUCUAUGUUGCUAUUGCACAGAGGAAGGAAGACAGAAGAGUCAGACUACAGGCUCAGUUUUCCCAAGUGAGGCCAGUUGCAAUGGCUCCACCCGCUGGUCCUCGCAUGCCAAUAUUUCCCUCUGGAGGUCCUGGUAUUGGACAACAAAUGUUCUACGGUCAGCCCCCUCCUAACAUGAUUCCUCCCCAGGCUGGGUAUGGAUACCAACAGCAACUUGUUCCUGGAAUGAGACCUGGUGGGGGACCUGUACCAAAUUACUUCAUGCCUAUGGUUCAGCAACAGCAACAGCAACAGCAACAGCGUCCUGGAGGAAGACGCCCUGGAGGGAUCCAACAUUCCCAGCAGCAAGUUCCCAUGAUGCAGCACCAGAUGCAUCCAAGGGGUCGGAUGGUCCGGUACCCUCAAGGCCAAGGGCGUAGUAGUGGUGGUGAUGUUUCUACAUAUGACAUGGGAAACAACAACAUCCCAUUGCCUAUUGGAGCUUUGGCUUCAAAUCUUGCUAAUGCGUCUCCAGAGCAGCAGAGGACGAUGCUGGGUGAGAAUCUGUACCCGUUGGUGGAGCAGCUUGAGGCAGAGUCUGCAGCCAAAGUGACUGGGAUGCUUUUGGAGAUGGACCAGACGGAAGUGCUCCAUCUUUUGGAGUCACCUGAAGCUCUCAAGGACAAAGUUGCAGAGGCUAUGGAUGUUCUGAGGAGCGUUGCUGCAGGUGGUGCAGCCGAGCAGCUCGCUUCCUUGAACCUCUCUUAAAUUUCUUUAUUCGGCCUCUCCCAUACAAAAUUACACUUGUCGUGUGUGGAUUCCUAAUAACUUGCGCUUUUGUGUGAUUUAUCAAACUUUCUUUAAAUUCCAAAAAAAAACAAAAAAAAACAUAUCUGCUUUGCUUUGCUCAACCAAAAUCAUAUUUGUAUCAUCUAUCAAAGAUAAAGAUUAGCACUGAAACAGGAUCAACGAAUGAAUUAUAAACAGAAAAUAGAGUUUAAUAC